CCUGCUCAACACAAGUUGUGGAGACACUGUGGGGCUCCCCGUUAACAUCCGCUAUGUCUCAGUGAGAAUAGUUAGUCAUGCCAGCCAAGGGGAAGUACCUGCUAAACAACCAGGAGCAGAAAAAUGAGGGACUGUACCGCAGAUACGCCUGCAUCAACCAGUAUCAGCCACUGGUUUUCCUGCUGGGCCUCUCCAUGCUCUUCUGUGGAAUUCUCCUCAUCCUCUUCUUCACCCUUGGACUGAGCGCAGAGAAACACCGUUCCUUCGUGAGCGUGGUGAGCGGCAGCCUGUGUGUGUUCCUGGCCGUGUCGGUGCUGGUGUGCACAGAAGUCCUCGCGCAGCGAUGGAGGCUUUUGCUCGGCCUGAUCAUCUGGGCCACGCAUCUCACCUUGGGGUACACCUUCAUCUUCAGCAGUUCCAUCGUCUUGCCUUGGGAUCAGGUGCCUUUCUUCCUCUUCAUCAUCUUCAUCGUGUACACCAUGCUGCCAUUCCAGUUGAGGCACGCUUUGGUGCUGAAUGCCAUCACCUCUUUGUCUCACAUAAUGGUCCUCACGCUGCGUCUAACUCUUUACAGCGAGGAUCUGAGCCCAACAUCUAACCUUGCCAGACAGCUGGUGUCCAAUGCCGUGGUGUUUCUGUGUGGCAGUGCAGUGGGGGCCUUUCAUAGGGUCCUCAUGGAGAAAACGCUUCGACAGACCUUCCAGGAUACCCUCAGGUGUCUGAGAAUGAAGAUGAAGCUCGAGAUCGAAAAGAGACAACAGGAAAACCUGUUGCAGUCUGUGCUCCCUGUUUAUAUCUCCAUGAAGAUGAAAUUGGCAAUAAUGGAACGCCUGCAGGACUGUAAAGAUAAAGAGGAGCGACAGCGACUGGUCAAAGAUAACAACUUCCACAGCCUGUAUGUCAAGAGGCACGAGAAUGUCAGUAUUCUGUAUGCAGACAUUGUUGGCUUCACCCGUUUGGCCAGUGACUGCUCCCCCAAGGAGCUCGUCAUUAUGCUCAACGAGUUGUUUGGCAAGUUUGACCAAAUCGCCAAGGAAAAUGAGUGCAUGAGAAUUAAGAUCCUGGGGGACUGCUACUACUGCGUCUCCGGGCUGCCGGUCUCGCUGCCUAAACACGCCAAGAACUGCGUUAAAAUGGGACUGGACAUGUGUGAAGCCAUCAAGCAGGUACGGGACGCCACAGGUGUCGAUAUCAACAUGAGAGUGGGCGUUCACUCAGGCAAUGUUCUCUGUGGCGUGAUCGGCCUUCGGAAGUGGCAGUUUGAUGUCUGGUCACAUGACGUCACUCUGGCCAAUCACAUGGAGUCGGGAGGUGUUCCGGGCCGCGUCCACAUCACAGAGGCCACCCUCAAGCACCUGAACAAAGCUUAUGAGGUGGAAGAAGGGAACGGCCACAUCAGGGACCCGUACCUCAACGAACUCAACGUCCGCACGUAUCUGGUGGUCGAUCCCCGGUCCAAGGACCCGUCGCUGAGCACACGAAACGCAGCUAAACCCCGUGUGAACGACGGUCUGAAGAUGAGGGCGUCUGUUCGAAUGACUCGGUACCUGGAAUCCUGGGGGGCCGUCAAACCUUUCGCCCACCUCCAGAACAGAGAGGGCUUCACAUCAGAAAGCAUCAUUAGUGGAAAGACACGCUUCAAGGACAUUCCUCUGCGGUCACCUCCGAGUUCCAAGAUCACAGACAGCUUUGACGAGUCUCUAGAAGAGCCGUUCUCCUUGUCCACACCUCCGCUCAGCAGCAAUAAGAUGAAAUCCCAGAAGACCAAGUUUGACCAGGAGCUGCACGACGAGAUGACCAGCACCAUCGACGAGCUCAACAGCAAGCAGUGGUCGACCUCUGAGGAAAGUGGGAAUUUCGCUUUGUGUUUUCCCAAAAAAGAUCUGGAAAAUCAGUACCGAUCCCUGGACCUGCCCAUGUUCAAGCACUAUGUGGGCUGUGCCACCUUCAUCUUCUUCUGCAUCUUUGUGGUUCAGCUGCUCGUCUCCAAAGACCGACAGAAGUUGGGGGUGAUGUUUGGGGCGCUGGUUUGUGUGCUGCUGCUCACUCUGGCCAUCUGUUUUGCAGGUCGCCUACAGCGCGUGUUUCCAGACAAGCUGUCGAGGUGCUGGUGGCUGCCGGCGGUGUCCGAGGCGGUGGUUAAACAGCCGUGUGUGCGCCUCCCGCUGGCCGCCGUCACAACUGCGGUCAUCAUCAUCAUGGCUUUGUUCAACCUGUGUUUUGUGAAGGAGGAAGGCGUGGGCGACUUCCUCUGCCUGCCUUACUCCAUCCUCUGCUGCAUCCUCUCACUCAUCGCGUGUGGAGUGUUCCUCCGGCUGAGCUUUGAGCUGAAGCUGCUCUUCCUCUCCGUGGCGACCCUCACGUACAUCAUCAUCCUCGUUGGCAACAAUGCCUUCAAGCCCUACGACAGGUUCCUGGAUCUUCAGAUAAACAGCAGCUUAAACUGCAGCAGUUCAAACCAAUCCACGAAAAUCCUGGAGUGCAUCGGUCUGAUUAAAGAUCCCACGGUGACGAGCUGCCUCUACAUCGCUCUGUUCCUGCUCACCAUGCUCAUCAUUUCCCAGCAGAACGAGAAGUGCUUUCGGCAGGACUUCCUACUGAAGUACAAGAACCGCACGGAGCAGGACGAGAUCGAGACGAGGGAGAACCUGAACCGUCUGCUGCUGGAGAACGUGCUGCCCGCUCAUGUGGCUUCGCUCUUCGUUGGGGAGAAUAAGAAGAACGAGGACCUCUACUAUAAGUCCUAUGACUGUGUGUGUGUGAUGUUUGCCUCAGUGCCAGAUUUCAAAGAGUUUUACACCGAGUGUGAUAUUAACAAGGAGGGCCUGGAAUGUCUGAGGCUGCUCAAUGAGAUCAUCGCCGACUUUGACGAGCUGCUGUCCAAGCCAAAGUUCAGCGGCGUGGAGAAGAUCAAGACCAUCGGCAGCACGUACAUGGCAGCGGCAGGACUCAGCGGGACGCCCGGUCAGGAGAACAAUCAGGUGGGCGGGGUCGCGCCGAGGUCGCCAGCUGAUUCGCAGCAGAUCACACUUGAACUGCUGUUGACUUCUGGGUGUUUUCAGGACAAGGAGCGGCAGCAGGCCCAGAUCGGGAUCAUGGUGGAGUUCGCCAUCGCCAUGGUCGGCAAGUUGGACGGCAUCAACAGACAUUCCUUCAACAGCUUCAGGCUCCGCGUGGGAAUCAACCACGGCCCGGUGAUAGCCGGCGUGAUCGGAGCGAGGAAACCCCAGUACGACAUCUGGGGGAACACGGUGAAUGUCGCCAGCAGGAUGGAAAGCACCGGGGAGCUGGGAAAGAUCCAGGUGACGGAGGAAACGUCGGGCGUGCUGCAGAGGCUGGGCUACUUCUGCGACUGCCGAGGACUCAUCAACGUGAAGGGGAAGGGGGAGCUGAAGACCUUCUUCGUCUGCACCGACAUGAGCAAACAGCUGGGUUUGGGUCAUAGCUGAGGCCGGCCCGUCAGCGCACAAGACUCAGGUCAGAGUUUACAGACUCCUGCUGCCACAACUCAGCUGUUACCGUGGCGACACUGAAAGGAAAAGGAUUUAGAGGAACUGCUUCUUCACCGCGGGUCGGACCCGGAGACUGUGGGUUUGUACGAUCACCGGAGACGUCUUGGAGUGUCUUAAUGUAAACAGCUUCAUGUGUUAAUGCCAAGUUAAAAGGGAUUUAUGAAGAAAAACACGAGGAUUAAAUUCUAGAGGUUUUAAAUCCGACUGGAAGGAGCUGAACCGUUUAAUCCCACUUGAAUUUUGUGCCUUUUUGUUGUGAAUUAGAAACUUUCCUUUAAAAAGCACGUUUAAUUCUGAAGGUGUGGCAGGAGCGUCCGUCCACAUCUAGCAAAGAUCCAGAUGCUGUUCCACGUUUUAAAGUCACGUUAGGUUCACGUGGAACUUUUUAGACGGCCCGUGUCGGUUCUGGUGGUGCCGUCGGGUUUUUAUAAUCAUCCAAAUAUUAAAUGACUAAAAAGCAGAUUUAUCAGGAGGAGGGUGAGUUUAUGUCCAUCUGCUUAUAUGUGCUGUGGGGGGGGG